AUGGCGUGCCUGCUCGAGCUCAGCCAUGAGCUCCUCCACUGCAUCUUCACCGAGAUCGAGCCUGCAGACAUCGCGAGCGUCAGUCGGACGUGCCGGGACUUGAAUGCGUACAUCAAUGGCAACCGGCUGCUGCACAAAGAGCUCUAUAUCAGGCGAUACGAUGAACUGGAUGGCAAAGCGGGCGAGCCCGACUGGGAGGCCGAGAUGCACAAGGCCGUACUACUCGAGAAGAUACUGGAGAGCGAGGACAAGGAGACAAAGGCCGAGCAGCUCGGCUUCGUGGCAGAGCAGAUCGAUGCCAUGUUGAUGAAGGCCAACCCGGACUGUGACAAGUCGCUCAACGUCGAGCUGCUGAGGGAGUACUUCUCCGACACCGCCAACAUCGACACCUUCCUGUGCUCGAGCUCGCUCUUUCAGAUUGCCGGAACAGAGGACCAACGGGCGGCGCUGACUGUAGAGCUACGGCAGGCCUCUGCGAAGCUUCACUGUCUGUAUGGCAAGCCCGUGGAUCCAGUCCCGAGCAAGCGGUGUUCGGCCCACUACUCCAUCUCGCCCUUCUUCGCCAUCCGGAACAUCGACAACAACACCUCUCCUUCUGCGAACACUCGUGGUCAGACUCGAGCUUUCCCGGCGCAUACUGUGGCGCGGAGUAAGGUCUAUGAUCUCCGGCAGUACACGGAUCAUACGCUUUGGGGUCCUUUCACGGACGAUGGCACGCAGACCGUUGACUGGGAGAAGGUCGAAGCCAUCAUGCUAGUCCUAGGCUUCAACCUCAACAAGUUCACCGAUCGCUCUGGCGGACGCUUUGAGCGAGUGUGGGAUGAUCCGUUCGUCGGCGCGAUACCACACUCGUACAUCCCACCUCCAGCCAUCACCGGCCCGACUAAAGAGUUCGAUCAAGAAAUCUCACUUGCCCGCGAGCUUGAGCCAUCGAUCGAUGACCUUGACCCAUACGGCGUGAGCGGGACGUGGAUGCGCGUGGUCUGCUUCCUCGACUACAACGACCUCUACGCCUUCAAUUUCAGCUCGCGCAUCCCGGACGACGAGCCGAGAGAGCCCAUUGACACGGAAGAAGGUAUCAUUUACCUUGAAGAGACCCUGCAAGUCACGAAGGUUGAGCCGCCGAGUGACGGGGAUGAUAGUGGGGAUGAAGAGGAGGAUGGGAUGGACUGGAGUAACUUUGAGGGCGAGAGAUUGCCAAUUGUGCAUUUCAGGGGCAGCUCGAGGAGUUUGCAUGCGAGUUGGGAUCCGAAUGCUAAUAGUCGGAUAAGAGGCACUGUGAGACAGACGCCCGAAGGCGAGAUUCGAUGGACGACAUUCUCCAUCUUUCACGGCGAAGAGCGGUGGCGUUCUGAAGGGAUCCAGGUCGGUGGUAUCCGGUCGUCACGAGGCAUACUGGGAAGCUGGUUUGAUAAGGACUACGACAGGCAUGGACCAGCAGGUCCGACCGCUUUCUGGAAGAUGUCAGAUGAUGUGGCCGAGGAGAAGACGAGCAGUAUGCCGAUCGCUUACUUUUGA